AUGAAUACUAACGGCCUAGAGCUGCGGACCAACCUCCGGGUGGUGAACCUGACCUACAGCUCUGAGCUCAGUGAUCAGCGAACCCCUGCCUUCCAGUACCACGCCUUUCUCUUCUGCCAAGACAUGAGGAUGUUUUACGCCAAAACUCGUUAUGCUGACCGCUUCUUUGACUGUGGGGUCGAUCAAUUCACGGCUAACCCAGUCCGCAUCCACUUCUACCUGGUGUUCCGCGGUACGGACCUGGACGGCCUGCCGGACUCAGUGGUCAGCGUCAUCCGCCGCUUUGGGGACCCGGUCUACUACCAGAUGUACCUCACCUACCUGGUGGGAGACCUUCUUGUGCUGCCAGAGAAGCUGCCCGAAGACCCAUCGGUGUACCCUACCAACAUCACUGUCUUGCCUACCAGUACUAUGUAUACAUCCGCUAGCUCAAGCCUGAUUGAUACAACCCCUACCCCGACAGUCACAGCGAUCGAUACUCCAG